AUGGCAGAGCCUAUUGGCAUAGCAUCUGGCCUGGUGGCUUUGGCUACAUUUGCAUUUCAUUCCAGCACUGCGCUCUUUGAUGUGGUUCAGAGCUACCAAUCUCAUCCAAAACGCGUCCGCGACCUGACGGAGGAGCUCGAAACUCUGAAUGGAGUUCUUGGUGGUCUAACCGAGACCUUGAAUGCGAACACCGAUGCAAACUUCGCUAGCCUCGAAUAUCCCCUCCUUCGUUGUGGAAAUUCCUGCAGAGACUUUGAAAAGGAGCUUCAAAAAUGUUCGACGCGAUCUCUUGCCGGCAAAAAGAGCUUUCGAGACUGGGCCAAAUUAAAGUACAUGGGCGAAGAUAUUGAUGGUUUCAGACGGAUGUUAGCUGGUUAUAAAUCAACUAUUAUUAUUGCCCUCAAUGAUGUCAAUAUCCGACAGUCCUCCAUCGCAGCUGAUAGCCUUGAAAGCUAUAAGGAAAUGAUUGAAACCACAUCCGAUGAUCUCGAAAAUCACUUAGAGAGCGUUGACGAAAAGCUCGAGAAUAUCAUCGCCAAGAAUACACGCGACUCAAUCACGGAUGCUGGGGAAAUCCAGCUGAUGGAGGAGGAACGCCUGAGCACUCAAAAAUGUCUCGAAAUAUGUGCGCAAUUGUCAAGCCACAUUGAUCAUGUUCAAAAAAUACGGAAGUCCCGUGACAAUCUCACCGACUCUGGCAGUUCAAGCAACGUACCCGAAAGAGUUACCAACGAGGGUUUACAGGAAUGCAAAAAUAGCCUCAUCAAUACCGCUGCAAAGCUGGAGAAUCAUCUUAAGAUAGUGAUGGACCGAAUUGUGACAAAGACAAAGACACAGACGGCCUCUCAGGAAGACAUUGCAGAACUUCUUAGGUUACAAGAAGAGUGGGAGACGACUCGCCAGUGCAUGCAUAUCUGUUCAAAGGCUGGGAUUCAUUUGGACGAAAAUGCUAGUACGAUGGAGGUUGUGUCUUCGCCGUGA